AUGUCACCAAGACGAUCUCUGACCAUUCUUCUAGUGUUCAUGAUCCUCAUUGCAGUCAUGACUGCAUCAUCAACAUUUGGAAAUGUGAGAACCAUGGGAGGAGCUGAUAGACCUAAUGAUUUCCGAGACCAAAAAGAUAUUGCUAGAAUUGAAACAUGUGUCGGACCAUGUUUGAGUAAAUAUCCUGGACCAAAAGAAUUUAUUUCUAAAAAUUCAAUGAAAAUGGCUGGAUUGCAAGUACUCUUCAUUGGUGAAUAUCCAAAAUUAUACAUUUAUGGAGGAGAUCAAGAAACAAAACAAGAAAUUGAUAUUAGACAAAAAUCAGCUGAAGAAAUUGAAAAGAUUCUUUUAUCUGUUGGAUGUCAAUAUAGACAAUAA